GGUUACCUUUUGCUUUGGGCACAGCAGAGAGCGCACACACACAGUGUGGUUUUUGAUAAGUGAAGGAGGAGGAGUUUCUUAUUCCUUCGAGACGUUUCGAUUGGGAAUCUAGAGUUUAGGGUUUGUUCGUUUGGAUUGCGAUUUUGGUGUUUUUGAGAGACAUGGCGGAGCAUCACGAGCACGAGGAAGGGAAGGGGGAAUCGCUGUUGGAUAAGAUAUCUGGAAAGAUCCACGACCACGACGACUCAUCGUCUUCCUCCGAUUCCGACAACGAGAAGAAUAGCACCUCUGAAUCCAUCAAGAACAAGGUCUUCAGGCUCUUCGGCAGGGAGAAGCCAGUUCACAAGGUCCUUGGUGGUGGAAAACCGGCUGAUGUGUUUCUUUGGAGAAACAAGAAGAUAUCUGCAACGGUGCUUGGAGUUGCGACUGCUGUGUGGGUUCUGUUUGAAUUGCUUGAAUACCAUCUCCUCACUUUGGUUUGUCACCUCCUGAUUUUUGCACUGGCCGGGUUGUUUUUGUGGUCCAAUGCCUCAAAUUUCAUCAACAAGAGGCCACCUCAGAUUCCAAACCUCCAUAUUCCCGAGGACCCUGUUCUACAAUUUGCCUCUGCUCUUAGAAUUGAAAUUAACACAGCUCUUGAUGUAUUACGGGAUAUUGCAUCAGGAAGGGAUCUCAAGAUGUUCCUCACGGUCAUUGCUGGAUUAUGGGUUUUCUCCAUUCUGGGAAGCUGUUGCAACUUCUUGACGUUGUUCUACAUUGCCUUUGUUUUGCUUCACACUGUUCCUGUGCUUUAUGAGAAGUAUGAAGACCAGGUGGAUUCCUUUGCUGAGAAGGCAACAGUGGAGAUUAAGAAGCAGUAUGCAGUGUUUGAUGCCAAGGUUUUGAGCAAGAUUCCCAGAGGACCUUUGAAAGAUAAAAAGAAGGAUUGAAGUGGUUGAAGGACUGGUUCGGACAAAGUAUAUGUUGUAGUUGAGUCGCGUGGAUGUCCUGUUUAGUUCAUGAUACAUUUUAUUUUUUUUAGGGUCUCUUGGUGCACAUUGUGGAAUGAACUUAUAUAUUUAUUUCUGCUGCUUACAUGUUAGUCUCAAGAAACGCCUAUAUGUUGUGAAUUACAUGCUAGUAUGUUAUAGCAUCAUGAAUUACAUCCUUUUUAUUUGAAUGCUUUAA